GGGGAUGGUUAAAGGGACAUUUACAUCAUGUAUGCAGAAGGAGAAGAAAAAAAGAACUGAACGUGUGGGAGGAAGAAGUGAUAGCGAUCACAGAGAGAGAAAAAAUCCCUCUUGCGUGUGUGUGUAUGAGCGUGUGUGUGUAUGAGCGUGUGUGCGGUAGACCUAUUGGCAUACUAGCAGGAGAGAGAGAGCGAGAGAGAGAGAGGGAGAGGGAGGGAGGGGGGUAGAGCAAGAGAGCAAGCGACACAGAGAGAGAAAGAGAGAGAGAGAGAACGUGCGUACGAGGGCCUCAUGUAAAACCAGAUUAAAAACACAAGAUGGCUUCCUGAAUGGGCUGCUGGAACACAGGCGAGAGAGAGAGACCGAGAAAGAAGAGUGGAGAGAGGUAGAGAGAGAGAAAGAGAGAGCGAGAAGAAAGGGAUAGAGGGAUAGAGGUGAAGACAAGAGGGAGCCCGAGUCUUCUGAUGGGGAUUCGGUCAGCGGACGGAGGAGUACAAACCAAGGCAGCUCAGAGGCUUGGAGGGUGGAAUAUCUUGAAGACAACCGACGAGGCUGCUUGGGAAACUCUGAACUGGCAGCUGAGACAUGGGGCCUCUCACGUAUUGCAUGCCGGCUGUUCACUGCUAUCCCCGACACCCCCCACCACCUCUCACCAAUACCCCCACCACCCCCUGGGACCCCCCAACAGACACCCGGCGCAGAAGGUGGAUUCAAAAGGCCCGAGCAUACUGCCUGUCCAGUAAUUAGCCACUUCAAAAGGCUUAUUUCAAUAAUAUUCAAAUGAUGUGGAAGCUGGACGUCAGGCUCACUUCUGCUGUCAGACACCGAUGGAUCUACAAACAGGAACUAGUUCACAUCUAUGUUGAGGAGUCAGCUGAAGUGUACAACUGUUUGCGAAGUCACUUCAGUGGAUGGCCCCAGAAGUGGAGGCCAGAUGGAAAUUGGGUCACAUGACCGCCUCCAGGAAGGCGCGCUGAGCCUGGAACUGGCCAAUGGGGUGAAUCGCUACCCCAAUAAUGAUGCGACAUCUAUGGACACAGAGCAGCAGAGGGCAGGGAGCGUGCCUCCAAGGCAGUGCUGGGUGUCAGGACAUGGCAAGGUCAGUGACACCCAACAACAGCAACCAUGUUGGAACAGCAGCAGUGGUACAACCCAUGGGGAACCUGUCCACCACGCAGACAUGGAGGAUGCCCACAACCUGGUGGCAUUUUCUGCUAUUGCCGGCUCCUUGCCUCCUUCUUCCUCCUCUUCCUGCCUUGUGCAGCCGAACACUGCCCAGCUGUAUGAGAAGUUCACCAAUGAGGUGGGUGCUGAGGGGGCUCAGGCCAAACCCUCUGCAGGAGCUCCUGAUGGAAGCUGCCAAACUCCAGAAGACCUGAACAGUCUACAGACAGCACUGAGCCAAGCCAAGCAUGGAAACAAGCCCCCUAACUGCAACUGUGAUGGGCCUGAAUGUCCAGACUACCUUGAGUGGCUGGAGAAGAAGAUUAAGUUGGCAAACAGUGAGGAUCAAGGUGCCUGCAAGAUGGCGGAUGCUCCCCCAAAUUUACAGCCUCACCUACUGCAACCACAUUUGCAGCAUCACUCUCAGCCCUAUCCCCAGAUGAAUGGUGGCCACCAUUUGUCUUCUUCAUACCCCCAGCAGCAACAGGGAGGUCAAGGCCCUCACCCAGUCCAAGUGCCCUGCACCAAACCCCCCAUACCCUGCUCUCCCCAGGUGCUCUCCAUAGCCAAGGAAAAGAACAUCAGUCUUCAGACAGCCAUCGCCAUAGAAGCCCUGACGCAGUUAUCUGGAACUGGUCCGCAUGCUGCCGGCUCUCCAGUUCAAGUUCCCUACAACAGUAACCUCCAUCACCACCAACAUACCCAUAACCUUCUAUCUCAGCCCCCCAAUGGCACUAGCUUGAUCCCGUCCUCUCCCGGUGCCCACUCAUCUUCCUCACGCUCUCAAUCUGUCCCUCCAGGACUAGACAAUAUUCAGCAGGCCCAAGUGUCCUGUGAGCACCACAGGCCCCAAUCCCAGGGCCAGCCACCCCAUGCUACCACUCUUCCAUCCUCUACCUCUCCCUUCCCAGGUCAGGGAAAACAUACAGGCUUCAGCCUUAAUCCCCAGCAGUGGCAGCAGAACUCAGGCAGAGGUUCUGAACAGAGGAACCCAUGGAUGUGUGUAAAGUCUGAGCCCCAGUCCCAUUACGCUGCUGCACCUCACAGCAGUUCAGACCCCAUGUCAGAGCUCAAACAGCUGCUUGGAAACACCAGUGGAAAGUUCAGCAAUGCUAAUUUCAAGCUUCCCGUCACACAGCAGAUCAGCUUGAACCAGAAUGGAGGUGUCCUGGUCCAGGACAACCCAGCAUUGGCCAGGAUAAAGCAAGAACCAGACUCUGGUGAGCACUACCAUCACACUGCCUCCAUGGGACAUUACGGCAUGGCUAAUGGUCAGCAGCUGGGUCAGCACUACCCUGGCACUCCCCUGUCUCCUGGCCAAGCAGCCAUCCGCCACUCCACUCAGGCAGCUCUGCAACAGCACCUUCACUACAAGAGGAACCUCUUCUCUAACCACUCCCCAGGCUUUGGAGCACCAGGCCCUCGUGCUCCUCUGGCUUGUCAAAACUUGAAAAAAUGGUGGCCACAGAUGGAGGCAGAAGGGUUGCCACAUCUGGCCAUCAAACAGGAACCCAAGGAACCCAAAAAGAGAAAAAGCAGCCAAGGAUCUCCUGUCAUAAAAGCUAUGAGUGGGAUGCUUGCAGUCCCUCCCUUGCCCAAACCCAAGCAGAUAGUCAUCAAGAAGACCAAGCAGAAAGCCUCCCUGCCAACCUUCCUGCCUCAGAAUCAGAUCUCUGUACAAAAACCAUCAGUCCUCAUGAUGGACAGAACCGCGGCCCUGGCCAGCCUGCAACAAUGUUCUCUCCCCUCUCUGCCCCUCCACAGUAACUCCACUCAGGCUGCUGCUGCAGGCCUCCCCGCCCCAGCCCAAUCUCAGGUAUCCCUUUUCAACUCCUCAAUGACUCCUUUAUCCACUGUUUCUGCUUUGUCAGAAAACACUCCAGCCCCCAUGGCCCCUCUUCCCCUACCUGUUGCCCAUGCUACAGUGGGCAGCCUGGCCCCCAGUAACACCAGCACCACCACACCUGUGACCUCCACAUGUCCAUCCAGCACCUCACAAUUACAGAGUGUCAUGAACAUAGAUCCAAAAUAUGAAGAUCUGAUCCGCCAGUUUGAGGCUGAAUUUGGUGACUCAGCCUCAGAUGCACCUGCCAUCCAGCCCAUGGAGGACACUGCUACAGCCCCUCAGCCGAGGAAUCAGUCCGAGACAAGUCCUCAGGACCUCAGUCACACAUCAUCUUCCAUCCCCCAUAUGACUCCCUUAAUUCGCACCACUCAAACUAGCUCCGCACCUCAUCCAGGCGAUCAGGAGAUUGAAGUCAACAAAGAUAAGACAGGGAACCAAAGUGAAGCAACCUUGAAUAAGGCAGCCACAGAAAGCCCUAUGGGGGAUGUCUCUCUGUAUCAGGAGGCCAUUCCGGACAAGCAGCAGCAGCAGCCCAGUGUGUUAGAGGAUACAUUCAGCAUGCCGUGUACUCCGCUGCCCAAACGCAUGAAGAUCGAAUCCUCGGGUGAUAUAACAGUAAUUUCCACCACAUGCUAUUCUGAGGAGGACACGCCCACUAAGGACAGUCUGCCUUCAUCUCCAUCUCUCAGAGGAUUCAUAGAGUCUCCUCUGCGCUACCUGGACACCCCCACCAAGACCUUGCUAGAUACUCCUUCCAAGGAUCUACAGGCAGAGUUCCCCACCUGCACCUGUGUGGAACAAAUCCUGGAGAAGGAUGAAGGGCCUUACUACAAUCACCUGGGAUCUGGACCGACUGUGGCCUCCAUACGAGACCUGAUGGAGACACGGUAUGGCGAGAAGGGGCAGGCCAUCCGGAUUGAGAAGGUGUUGUACACAGGCAGAGAGGGAAAGAGCUCACGAGGAUGUCCUAUUGCUAAAUGGGUGAUCCGUCGUGGCAGCGAGACAGAGAAGCUGCUGUGUCUGGUGCGUCAGCGUGCAGGACACCACUGUGCCAACGCUGUCAUCAUCAUCCUCAUUAUGGCCUGGGAAGGCGUCCCGAAGCCCCUGGCUGACAAGCUGUACCGCGAGCUAAGUGGCACCCUCACCCAAUACGGCAACCCCACCAGCCGACGCUGUGGCCUCAAUGAUGAUCGGACCUGUGCGUGUCAAGGCAAAGACAGUGAAUCCUGUGGCGCUUCCUUCUCCUUUGGCUGCUCCUGGAGUAUGUACUUUAAUGGCUGUAAGUACGCCCGAAGCAAAACGCCGCGCAAGUUCAGGCUACAAGGAGAUCGCCCUGAAGAGGAGGAUAAACUCGGGGAUAACUUGCAGCAUCUGGCAACUGAGGUGGCUCCUUUGUACAAGCAGCUGGCCCCGCAGGCCUACAGCAACCAGUGCCAGACGGAGGCGAAGGCUCCGGACUGCAGGCUGGGCUUGAAGGAAGGCCGGCCGUUCUCUGGAGUCACUGCUUGCAUGGACUUCUGUGCCCACGCUCACAAGGACCAGCACAACCUCUACAAUGGCUGCACAGUGGUGUGUACUUUGACUAAGGAGGACAACCGCUCAGUGAAGGAGAUCCCUGAGGAUGAGCAGCUCCACGUGUUGCCUCUUUACAGGAUCUCCCAGACUGAUGAGUUUGGCAGUGAGGAGGCCCAGCGUCUCAAAAUGCAGACGGGAGCCAUCCACGUGCUUCAGGCUUUCCCCCGUGAGGUACGCAAGUUGCCCGAACCUGCCAAGUCGUGCCGACAGCGCAGACUGGAGGCCAAGAAGGCCAACUCUGAGAAGAAGAAGAACAAACUCUUGCAGCAGGCAGGGGAGACGCCAGAGAAGACAGUGGUGAAGGCCGAGGUCUGCGUCACCGGGUCCCCUCAAUCUCAAGACAACAAAGCAAUUAUAAAACAAGAGGUGAAGCCCAAUAUCAAGAAGGAGCCCUUCAAUGGAUCCAUAGAUGGAUACCCUGUGCAGGCAGCAGACCCAUUCAACAGGAUGUAUCCACACCUUGCCUACUAUGCAAGAGGAGGCCUCCCCCCAACUGGCCAGCCCCCUGCACCCGACCCAGUAAACGGUUAUCACCACAAUCUCCCCCCAAUGCACUAUGGCUACUACAACUACCCCCCCAAUGCACUUUUCCGCCCUAAGCUGAGGACCUACGAGGGUCGAAAUGGCUCUUUGCCCAAAGCAGGCAGCAAGGCUGUCCAGGUCGACACGAAGCCGGAUAUUCAGAGCCUUCAGGCCCGUCUGGCCCAGUCCUACCCGAGCCACCCAGAGCACGCCAACCAAGCAAACCACAGCGCUUACAUCCAGCCUGCAGACUACAACCAGUCCCGUCCUUCCUCUGUCUGCUCCGACUCCUCCAACAGAGGCACUCCACUCAUCAAACAGGAGCCUAUGGACGUACCAGUCUACGAAGGCACAAUGCAGAGCGAGUCUGGUCCCAACACACCCAGCACCACUCCCCAGCCUGCACCCUGGCCAGGGCACAAGCUUAAUGGAAGUAUCGUCCACACUAACUGGGAAGGCCAUCUGAAUCCUAAACUAAGUGCUGAAGCCUCUUUGUUGAAUUCGGACAAGCAGCAGCAGCAGCAACAUCAUCAUCAGCAGCAGCAGCAGCAUCACUCUCCUUACCCGCAGCAGUGGACAUCCUACCCUGGCUCAAAUCCCCACAUGGCUUCCCCUGCCCCAUCGCCAUCACUGCAGGUACAUCCCUCUCCAUCUCCAUCCCCUCACCUAGGCACAGCGCUCCCAGGAAACAUACACCAAGGGUCAAUACGCCCAGGUACACCACAGCCUGGCGGCUCUCACUCAGGCUCAGUUACACCACAGCCAGGAACCCCCAGACACUGGGCCAGCCCGGCUCCCAGUCCUCAGCCAAAUCCGUGGGCCAUGGGGCCGGCGGCAUACAGCCCUGGUUUGAAGCACAGCAACCCCGCAGGAGCCUACCCUGACAAGAUCUGGUCCAAGACCGGGGAAAGUCGGUGUCCCACUCCCCAUGGGCUGCAGGAGAACGCCUGGAAGUCUUGUGGAGGUUCGUUGGCGGGCAGCACCCUGUCCCCUGCCCCCGAGGGUCGCCUCUUCCCUGACGCCCUGCAGCAGUCAGAUCAGGCCUGCUGGAAUCCCAGCCAAGCCGAGAGCAACGCCGAGAGCAACAAGGGCCGCAUGGACGAAGAUGAGGUGUGGUCCGACAGCGAGCACAACUUCCUGGAUUCCAACAUUGGCGGUGUAGCGGUAGCACCGGCCCAUGGCUCCAUCCUGAUUGAAUGUGCCCGUCGGGAACUACACGCUACCACUCCGCUCACAAAGCCUGAUCGCUCCCACCCCACCCGCAUCUCCCUGGUCUUCUACCAGCACAAGAACCUCAACCAGCCCUUGCACGGCCUGGCGAUAUGGGAGGCCAAAAUGAAGCUGCUGGCAGAGCGAGCGCUGCAGAGGCAGCAGGAAGCGGUUCUCCUCGGCCUCUCCCAGGAGGACAUCAAGGCCCUCGGGAAGAAACGCAAAUGGGGGGCUACGGCGGCAGGUGCCAGUCCAGGACCUGGACAAUCUAUGGACAAGAGGGAGGGGCCGGUGACGCGGUUAGCCCCCACGUUCCACACUUCCUCUAUGGUUACUGUGUCUCCCUAUGCCUCCACCCGCCUCACUGGACCCUACAGCCACUUUGUCUGAAGUCAGACCUUCACAAACAGACUGAUGGUCACAGAGUGGUGCAGUGGGGGCGGGGGGGGGGGGGGGGGAGCGAUGAGCAGGAUGAAUGUCUCUCAGCCGUCCCGCAGUCUGGCAUCUCUCCAUCCUGCCCCCUUCGCAGUCCACUUGGAGGAGGGGACAUUUUUAUUGUUUUUUACCUCAUGUCAGGCAGUGGUUUGGGCUUCAGACACACUGCCUGUGGUGCUCUUCCUCUCUCUUCCCUGGAGAGGAACUCCAUCGCUUUUUCUUGUUCAUAGAAUUUUAAUGAUUCUAAUUAUUGCUAUUAUUAUCAAUAUUAUUAUGAUUGCUAUUGUUACUGUCAAUGUUGUUAUUACAGGUAUUAUUAUAAUGAAGACUUGUUUUUUUUAUUAUUGUUGUUUUCAUUAAUGUUAUUAUUAAUGAUGUGAUUGUUUUUUGGUUAUAUAUUUUUGUAAAUCAAUCAGUCAGAGUCAGUCAGCUUUUUCCAUGUUUGGAAAAUGUUUUCCCUUUUUUCUGUUUCUGAUUUCCUUUGUUCUUGUCAAUCUUCCAGCUGUACUUACAGGAGGAGCCAUUAUCUGCCGGGCAAGACAGCAAAUUAAUAUUACAGUAAUCAUACGUACGUAUAUAUAACAAAAGAAACAGCCUUUCUAGUAGGCUUGUCUUAGAUAUAUAUCUCUAUUUUCACAAUAUACAGAUAUGUAUCUUUGAUUUUAAGGCACGUUAGUUACAAAUCAACCUGGGCCUCUAGUUCCUAGUUUUUUAUUCAAAUGUGCGUUUCUUAGUCUGACAUUGAUCUAGUUUACCAGCAGCACUUUAGUCUAAUACACAAAACAGUAACACUGAACUGGAACCUGACAAAAUCCAUUUGUAUAUUUUCUAUUGCCUGGAACUUAUAUAAACUGUAUCCUGGUAUUUGUGUCAGAUUUUUCCCAUUAGCUAAGAAAAUGAGUGCAGGUCAGCCUCACAGCAUUAUAAACACACAGAAUAUAUUCUAUUAGUGUCUACAUGACAUGAAAGACAGAAGGAAGGAAAGACAGGAACAAACUGCAGCUGUCAACACAGUGCAGUGGAACUUAAAGCUGUAUUUGCACUAACGAUUAUACUGUGCUGUAUACUUUGGAUGUUUCUACUGUAAGAAGUAGAAACACAUAAAAGGACUCUUCCAUGAACACAGCUGAAGAGCAGCGCUUAGUUUUGAUCUGUGCAGAUCCUGUAGAACUCUAAAACUGAACUUUAAAGUCAUAAAUAAAACCAUCCAAUGUGAUGCAAAAAAGUAGGAAAAUAACGCCCAGGUUAAAGAAUAAUUGCAAAUCACCCUUUAAACCCAAAUUUGGAGAGGAAAUUGCUGUUUCUCUUGUCGUUGGAUGACGUGCUCCUCCUCCAGCUUUUCGACUGGUGCUCAACUUGCAGCUCUGAUGGAUUUCCAUUCCUCCGGCUUCUCUUCGUGGCUCUUGAUGCUGUACUCAGGUGCUCCAACUCUCAUCUGGCUCCACUAGUAUUGAAGAGUGAAUGUGUUUGGACCGAGGUGGAGAAGCAGAAUAAUGAUAUCGGUGGAGGAAAUGUGUCAUGCAAUGAGAAGUAGUUUCCUUUGCUUUCCAUGUGUUCCUGUAACUUAUCUUGUGCUCCACAGAGGAUCAAACAAGUGAUACUAUUUACAAAUGCCACUUGACCCAGAUCUGCAGAUGAGCACAUAGAGAGGGAACAGGUGGCACACUUGUUCUUCCUAUAACACAAGUAGAGGUGAGCAGCUCCCAGUGUGAACUCUAGAGGGCAGCAGUGACUGCAGAUUCAAAGUGCUGUGUACAAACAAUCCUACAAGCAGCAGUAGAGCCUUGCAUUGCUGCUCCACCCAUCCAUGGCCAGUAGAGGGGGCUCUCCCUGUCUGCUGACCUAGCGUGGACCAAAGCAGCUCAAGGUGAAGGUGCUGUUUGUGAAUGAAGUGUGGAGAUGCCCAUCCUGGGUUCAAGCAGAAGUGCUUUUGGUGCUCCUACACACACACACACACACGCUGGUGCUCUCCUGUUACACUUGAUUCACUGUGAAGGGCCCACUCCUUCCUCUGCAUGGUGCUGUCAUCUUGGAGCAGAGGGAGGUGUGUCCUUCUGCAGGCAGCACACAGCCUGUCAGUCAAAGUGUCCGCCCUGUGGAUGCAGCUCUGUCACUGAGCUCCAGCUACGGUUCCUUCUGAGCUGCUUUCUGCACUUUAUUGUGGCAAAGUUGUUUUGUACACUGUACUGUAGGCAGAGCAAGUCAUCUGGUGCAUUGAUGGUAACACAUUCACAGAGAAAGGAAAGACUGAGAUCUAAAAGGAGACCUUGGAACAAUGACUGUAGUUUCUAGGAGUUGGCACCAAAUGCAAGUGCAUUGAAUCAUUGAAUCUGUCACUGUGCGUGUGUCUGAAAGUGACUCCAGGGUGUGAAAGAGAAAAGCCAAAGAGACUAUUUGACAGCCUGGUUAGAAUCACUGCUUUUUGUUUUCAGGCAUCAACCAUGUGACUGUUUGAUCUGAACACAAGCGGUGACAUGGUUUACUUGCAAUGAAAAUGAGCAAGUAAGAGAUUUGGAUACAGGCUAACUCCUGGAGGCUGGGUGGUUGUUUGGCCGCGGUCAUCAGUGAUAGACCCCGUUAGCUCUCCCGAGGGUCUGCAGCUCUCUGCCUCACGCUGUACACACACUGCUCACAGUCACAACGUGCUGCUGAGGGCAGAGAAUCAUGUCUCUGUGUUCAAGAUCUCCACACUCAUUUUAACCUCCUUUUUUUAUUUUGUACUUAUUUAUUACUACAUGGUGAUGAUGAUAAUGAUUGUCUUUGUUUUAUAUAGCUAAUACAAAUUGUACAUAGAGAAGAAAAGAUUUAUAAAAGCACUUUUAAUCUUGAUUUUAAUGACGUAAAGAAAGAGCCGAUUAUUGACAACUUGAAACUUAGUUUGUUUGUUUCUGUUUUGUUUUCUCAAGAGAGAUAAAAAUGUAAAUAUUAAAAUAUUUAGGUAAGAUUAUUUAAGUGGUGAGGAUAGUAACUGAACCAUGAAGGACAAGGGGGCAUUUUGAAGUGUUUGCCAGCCGUCGACAGUAAACAACACGUGUUGUGUCUAAGUGUGUGCUCAGUAACACUGCUGCUUUCAUUCCCUAAGUACUGUACUGUCAGCAUGUGAACUGACACCUGUCACUUUCUAAACACACAUCCAUCAGCCCAGUUAUGUAACCUGAAACCACACUGACUCCUAAAGUAACUGCAGGACCCCCCAUGAUGCAGUUCUCUGAGCUAAACCUCGUACCUACAAAGUGUGAAUUGUAUUAAAGCUUCUGCAGCAGGUGUCCACAGAGAGAAAUCACAACUUAAUGACGUUGUGAGAAAAGCUUGUCGAAGAUAAAUAGUGAUGAUGUUACUAAGCAACAGGACACAUCUAAACACAACCUGAUGUGUGCAGUUUGUUGUUUAAAGGAAGAGUUUGACAUUUUGGGAAAUAUGUUUAUUCACUUUCUUGCUGAGAGUAAAAUAAGAAGAUUGAUCGUCUGUAUGCUAAAUAUUUAGCCCGCUUAGCUUAGCAUAAAGACUCUCAUAGUUAUAAUGUAUUGUAGCAGAGUCUAACAUGUCUUCAUAUUGUAAAGUUAAAUGAUGGUUUGUGAGUCAUAAGCAUGAGAACAAAUAGCCGUAUCAUUUUACAAGACACAAGUACUUUUUGACACAUAUAGAUCCACGCACAUUGUUUUUGUUUUUUAAAGCAACUAAUAUUCAACAUGAAAUCACGACAGCACGACUAGAAGCCCGAUAAUAUUCUGCAGUAAGACAGUUCACACCGUGAGCUAAGCUAACUGAAGACAAACAUUAAGAACAACUGGAUUCAAACACAUCAUUCCUUAAGCAGUGAGCGAGAGAACGUCAGCCGUGCUCGCGUUUCACGUUCAUCAACAUUAUAGCCGACGCCAAGCAGGAGGUCAGGUGUGAAGAGAUGCGUAAACACAGACGUACGAUAAAUCGGGAAAUUAAUCAGAACGAGACAGCGCAGACUAAAGCCAACUACUAAAUGUAAGCGCCACAGAUUGGUCAAAUUAUGGCACUUUUGGCAUUAUUGAUCGUACACAGAGUUAAUUUAUCGUACAAAUUCAAUAAUUAUCGUACAGAGGGCAACUCCUGUAAAAUUGUCGGAUUAAGUUCUGGUUGGCAGCCAGGCUAGCUGUUUCCAGUCGUUAUGCUAAGCUAAGCUAAGCGUACAGAAAUGAGAGUUCCCAAAAUGUUGAACUAUUCCCCCAAAUAUGAGCAGAGUUUCCCUUCACACAUCUUACUGAUCAUGUGGAGGACAGCAUCCAAAGGGGGAGGGGGGGGUGUUUGGGAACAUACUGUUGUUGCAGAGCCAGUCUGAGGUGAAUCAUUAGCGAUGUGUUAGCGAGUAAUAUCCCAGAAGUCUUUGUCAGUUGUGUUAGACGAUCAGGUAAGAGAUGCCUCCCUGCUGUUUAGAUGUUUCUACCAUCAUCUUCUCUAGUGCGCAUCAUAGUAAGUAUGAACUUGACGCUCCUGUGUUUACUUUGUAAUAAUGAAUCACAUGAUACACAGCCAACAGUAGUGUGACUGGUGCAGGGGCCAUUUUACUCUUUACCCAUAAUGCAUAGCCCACACACACACACACACACACACACACACACACACACACACUUGCCUAACAAUUGGUGCUGAGGAUACAGUGGACGUGAUUAAUAACUUUGUUAAUGUCUCACGAGUUUGGUGGAUGGUUCUCAUGAGAGGCGCCUCCUCCCAAGCACUUAGCUAGAUGUGGGGGGGGGGGGGGUCAGUCAGCUGGUGCUAUGAUGCUACACCUUUGAAAUUCACUGUGUUCAAAACGAUUGAUAUCGAGGGAUAAAUGACUUCCGCUAAUAUUUUUCUGAGCUCUUCGAAUGUGGAGAGAAAACACUUUUGAUUGAAGCAGCUUGAAGGACGGGGAAGCUGCUCUGGUGCUGACUUUAUGAACUCUUUGGUUACGAUGCUACAAACAGUUCAUAUUCUCUAUUAAUAUUCAUUCCAUAUUGUACUUGAACUCAUUAGGAUGAGAUAUAGAAUCAUAUAUGAGGACUGUUAUCUGGGUUUCACAUUGGUGCAGUGCAAGUACCAAAGGCUCUUUAAAGGAUCUUCUGAGUGUGUUGUAACUGAAUGCUAAGAUAUUUGAACAACACAAGAAGAGUAAUUGUGUACUGCCUCCCUUCCUCUCCCUGGUCGUGCACUUCCUUUUACUCAACCCCUCUUUUAUUCUUAACACCUUGUAUAUUUUCACUGCACACACACACAUAGAUUUACAUGCAUCUCUCUGUGUGGCUCACUUUUAGAAGAACACCUCAUUUAACCAACACUCUCCAUAUGUAGGACAGAGACUUGGACCCUGGCCGUACAAAAAUAAAUAAAUAAAUAAUGAAGCUACACGACUGGCAGCUACAUUCCUUUUUGAGUUUUUAGGAUUGUUCUUGGUUCUUUAUUUUCAUGUCAAGGAUGCAGUAUGUAAUAAAAAGUGUUUUUGUUCAGUCUCUCUCUCUUUGUAGCUGUAUGGUGUAUUAUGUGAAUACAUAGUGUAUGUGGUAAAAUCCCACAAUAUUGUUUUAUGUUGCGCGAUAAAUAAAAACAUUGAAGUGAAAA